CAAAGAUGCUCUGAAAUUCUGCGUACACCUCAAGCUUUAGACUAUUGUUGUGUGACUGUGGGAAAAGGAAAAGGAGAUGGCCAAAGGAAAAGCAAAGAUCAACGGGAGUGCUCUAGUGCAGCCUCGGUCCCUCAGGUCGAGGAAGAGGGAAUGUCCGAGUGAGGAAAUCUCAGAAACCGACGAUGUCCAGGCUUCUCGCCAUCAGCAGGACACUGAAGGAAGUACCUCAGCAGUAGAUACCAAACUGCUACAGUCCCACCCGACCCCUGUGCAGGAAUCUACUAUAAUUUCAACUCAACAGCAUGAGGCAGAAGGACUCUCCUCUCUCACCAAACAAGACCCUGACACAUAUGAAAAACAUUCAGAAGCAACACAUGUGGAGGUUGAAGCUUUUGCAGAUCAAGAAGAGACAGCAGUCGCCAAUCACAACAAUGUUCCUCAGCCGGAGGAAUUUAAAAUAAAUGCCGGUAAUGAAUGCAACAAUAUUCAAAAGAACCAGGGGGAAAUGACUGCAGAGGAAUGUAACAGAUCACCAUCACAAACAUGCACCGAUCAACUCCAGGUCUUCUUGGCAAUCUCUGAAGAGGGUGAUAAAUCUGCUUUGGAUGAGCAAAUGGGUGCAAAGGAGAAUUCUCAAUGUGAUUCAGAGAAAAAACAAGAAGCCAUCCACGAAGAACCCAGCAAUGUGAACAUGGCUGAUGUCAAGGAACUCACUAAGGAGGCGGCAGCGGGGUUGCCAGCCAAAAAGAAGCGAAGGAUGGGUAUGUGUGGUCUGACAGAGAGGGAGCGAAGUCAUUUUUUGCACACACAAAAAAAUGGGAAUAAAAGACAGGAGAGAGUCGAGAAGAUAAAGAUUUGUAAUAACACAGCUGACCUUGUGGCUCAGGAAGAGAUGGUAUCUUCUUCCCCCUUAUCAUCCCCAUCAUCCAUCCCAGCAGGAGGUGUCACAGAACAGGAAGAGCCAGAUAUACAACUUGAGUCCAGUCACUGUGGAGGGCAAGACAGGGAGGAAACAGAAGUCCUCAUUACUGUCACUACCUCAGAUGGGACCAGUGCUGCAUGUGAUCCAAUGGGAGAGAGCUGUGAGGUUGAAGGUGUCAUAGCGCCUGGUCCAGAGCAAACUGCUGACACAAAGUCAGACCCGCCGCCGACAGAGGAGGAAAAGGAAGAGCUUUUGGAGAAUCCGGAUCAGCAGGAACCUGAGGGCAGCGCUGCUGAGAUUCCUGCUGAAAAACCUCAGGAACCCAUAGAAGACGGGGAAGAUGGGUCAGCAGCAGCAGGAGACCAAAGUCCUGCCAUCACUUUAUACUCUAAUCCAACUCAAAAUGAGGAGACUGAGAACGGGGAUGCAAUGGAGGCUGCCGUUCUGCAGGUGAAUAGUGACACCAGGACAAGUGAGAAGAAGGAGGAGCUGACUGGUGGUGCUGGGGACGGAGCGGAGGACGGUGCUGGGGACGGAGCGGAGGACGGUGCUGGGGACGGAGCGGAGGACGGAGCUGGGGAUGGAGCUGAGGCAGGUGCUGGGGGCGGAGCUGAGGCAGGUGCUGGGGACGGAGCUGAGGACGGAGCUGAGGACGGUGCUGAGGCAGGUGCUGGGGACGGAGCUGAGGCAGGUGCUGGGGACGGAGCUGGGGACGGAGCUGAGGACGGAGCUGAGGACGGUGCUGAGGCAGGUGCUGGGGACGGAGCUGAGGACGGAGCUGGGGAUGGAGCUGAGGCAGGUGCUUUACCCCCAGACCCCCAGUCAGGAGGAUCGAACACUGUGAAGCUCUGCGAGGCUGCAGCGCUGCCUAGUGGCUCAGAGAGGAAAGACAGUGUGAGUGAUGGAACAAAGGUACAACGUUGUGAUGGUGAUAAGGAACACAGUGCUGGAUCGACUUCUAACGCUGAGCCCCUUCAGACCUGGGACACCACCGACCCGUUUGGAUCUGGGUACCUGGAUUACGUUACUGACUCGCAGCUGAACACUAUCAGUCUGAGUGAGGUGGAUGUGAUGGAGGAGGAAGAUCUUGGUUCUCCAGACCAUGAAGAUGCUACAGAGCUGAUCUGUGGGCUCAUCAGAGAACUCUCCUCUCUAAAUCGUAAGGUCAUGGCCACUCACAGAGAUCUGGAGAACCUGCGGCGUAGCAGUAAAACUUCAAGAAGCUCCACACGUUGAGGAGGAAGUCCCUUCCACCAAGAUUGUCAUUGUUGACCCAUGGUUUGUGAGUAAUGAAGGUGUUUGAGUGUACAAAUGUUCAAAUGUAUCACCGUUUACUUUGUUUUUGUAUCACUGACAGCUGGAUUGUUACGUUUAAAGUCUUAGUUCUUCCCAAAAUAAAGCGUUAAGUUAGUCUUUAUGUAUUUUUUAGUAUCAUCUGCUAUUGGACAUACACAUAACUAAAUGUUGACAAAGAAUACACACAGAGAUUUUCAUUUACAUAUUUAUAUUUUCUGGCAUACAUUAAUAUUCAAACAGUUUUUAACACAUCCCUCUUCACGAAGUGAGACGAGCUGAAGAGCCACAGGUACAUAAUUCAAAAAUAAAAAUAAAACACACUUAGGGAACAGGUACUUACUGUACACCUCAGAACAAGUCACUCAUUUCUUUAAAAUGUUGACAUGGAAACAUGAUGUUGCUAUAAUCCUUCAAUCCAAGAACAGGGGAUAUGAAGCCGAACAUGAUUGGCCACGUUUUAAAAUAUGUAAAAUAAACAUACAUUUUUCAUUGCA